CGCAAGAAGACCUACAACCUGAAGUCGUCGGAUCGGCGCAAAGCCAGCGGGGUGCGUGCCGAGGCUUUUCUCCACAGCACACAAAAGAACAAAACUGGCAAGUUGGCGCCGGCCCGCAAGCCCGCUGACAAAGACGUGUGGGACCCAAAACACUUCCGUUUGUUCGUGGGCAAUUUGGGCGACGAUGCCACCGACGACAUUCUUGCUGCCGCGUUCUCCAAGUACGCCAGUGUGAGCAAGGUGCGCGUGCCCAUAGACGCCAAAACCCGCACCAACCGGGGGUACGGGUUUGUUGCGUUCGCCUCUGCUGAUGACUAUCUCAAGGCAUUCAAAGAGAUGAACGGCAAGUACGUGGGGCUGCGGCCCGUGCAGUUGAAGCGCGCCGAAAGCAAGGCCAAAUAA